ACGUCAUACUCAUGCUGCCUGGAACCACAACACGAAGCUAAAUAGCUAGCAAAACAGCUGUUUUAAAUAGUGGUAUAUUUAUUAUUUUUGUGUAUUGGUACUGUAGCGCGUUUUGGCAGAAAUGUCCGGAAAGGCUAAAGAUAUCCUACAGAUGGAUCUGUACGGUUUACUUGGAGUUGAAAGCACUGCUACAACGAAAGAGAUCAAGAAAGCGUAUCGACAGAAAGCGUUAACAUGCCAUCCAGACAAGAACCCAGACAACCCAAAAGCAGUUGAGCUCUUCCACCAGUUAUCCCAGGCUCUUGAGGUGCUAACUGAUGCCGCCGCCAAGGCUGCUUAUGACAAGAUUUGUGCUGCCAAGAAACAAGCAGAAGAAAGAAACAAGAAACUAGAUAGCAAGAGAAAGAAAAUUAAACUUGACUUGGAGGCCAGAGAGCGACAAGCAGAAGCUCAAAGCCAGGAGGAAGUGCAGAUCACUAGAACACUCGAGGAAGAGAUUGCCCGCUUGAGGGAGGAGGGAUCCAGACAGCUUGAAGAGGAGCAGAGGCUCAUCAGAGAGCAGAUCCAGAGAGAAAGAGAAGCACAUCAACACGGAGGAGACCACACUCAGAGAAACUCAGGAGUGGAGAGAUGUUCCAAGAGCAACGUAACCCCAAAAUUGAAGUUGAAGUGGAAGUGUAAAAAAGAUGAUGAGACAAAUGGAGGCUACUCUCAUGACAUUCUGUUUAAACUUCUACAAAAGUAUGGCGAUGUUUUGAAUGUGAUCAUGUCGAGUAAGAAGAAAGGAAGUGCUGUUGCAGAAUUUGCAACUGUGAGAGCUGCUGAGCUGGCUGUAAAGAAUGAAAGUGGCGUAGCUGCAAAUCCCCUGAAGAUUUCCUGGCUUGAAGGACAGCCUGAGGUUUUUGCCGCAGCUUCUCAUUCUGGGCAGUUCAUGCCUUCACAGGCUUCCCUGUCCAAUGAGCGUGACUACGAAAGCAUUGUGAUGAUGAGGAUGAGGCAGGCCGCCGAACGUCAGAAACUCAUAGAACAAAUGCAGAGGGAAGACGAGGAGGAAGCUGCCACGUCGUAGCACCACAGGACUCAGCUCGUUACCAGCACUGUGAGAAAUAUUAGAUGUAAUCCUGCAUCAGGCUUUAGUUUCAUAAAGCCUCUUAUUUGUUUUUAUUAUUUUUUUGUAUGUAAUGUGAUGUGUGGCAAA